UCAUUAUUCCCAAUAAUGGCCGAUAGUUUAUCUAAAUACGGAACAUAAAGGUGUAGCAUUCAUAUAUACAUGUAAUUUACCAUUUAAAUGUUUUAUUGUUUGUGUAAAUGUGUUAAAGGCUGAGGUUUCGCGGAAUGUUUCCGCUUACUCCGCCUGUAGUGAAGCGUUUGUUAGGGUGGAAAAAAGGCCCCGAAGGAUCAUCCGCGGCCGAGGACAAAUGGUCUGAGAAGGCAGUGAAAAGUUUAGUGAAAAAAUUGAAAAGGAGCGGUGCCAUUGAAGAAUUAGAGAAGGCUUUGUCCAACCAAAACAGUCACACCAAGUGUGUUACGAUACCUAGAGUGAAACCAAAUGACAAUGUCAUCAAUGGGCAAUACAGAAAGGGCUUGCCGCAUGUUGUCUACUGCAGGCUGUGGCGCUGGCCGCAGCUUCAAAGUCAGCAUGAACUAAAGCCCGUCGACCAUUGCGAGUACGCUUACCAGCUGAAGAAGGACGAAGUGUGCGUGAACCCUUAUCAUUAUAAUAAAAUCGAUUCUCCCGCUCUCCCACCAAUUCUCGUGCCGAGGUGCAACGAGGGCGAAGUCCGAGCGCCUCCGCCCUACGACUACCAGCAACACCACGAUCACGAUAGCGUGAUGCAGAGCGGCGCGGUGGGCGUGUCGGCGGGCGGCCACAGCGCGCUGUACCUCGAGGCCACGCUGGCGCAGCAGGUGCCCGGCAACACCACCGUGCAGCUAAGUUCCUCGUCCGUGGAGACCCCGCCGCCUGGCUACAUGAGCGAGGACGGCGAUCCGAUGGACCACAACGACAACAUGAACCUGACGCGCCUGACGCCGUCCCCCGGCGCGCUGGCCAGCGAGGCGGCGCCCGUGCUGUACCACGAGCCCGCCUUCUGGUGCAGCAUCAGCUACUACGAGCUGAACACGCGCGUGGGGGAGACCUUCCACGCCUCGCAGCCCUCCAUCACCGUCGACGGGUUCACGGACCCGAGCAACAGCGAGAGAUUUUGUCUCGGCCUUCUGUCCAACGUGAACCGUAACGAGGUCGUCGAACAGACACGCAGACACAUCGGGAAGGGUGUGCGGUUGUAUUACAUUGGAGGGGAAGUGUUCGCGGAGUGUCUGAGCGACUCGUCGAUAUUCGUGCAAAGUCCGAACUGCAACCAGAGAUACGGUUGGCAUCCCGCCACUGUCUGCAAAAUACCUCCAGGUUGCAACCUGAAAAUCUUCAACAAUCAAGAGUUCGCGGCCCUCCUCUCUCAGUCCGUGUCGCAGGGCUUCGAAGCGGUGUUCCAGCUGACCCGCAUGUGCACCAUACGGAUGAGCUUCGUCAAGGGAUGGGGGGCGGAGUACAGGCGGCAAACAGUGACGUCAACCCCAUGCUGGAUUGAGCUGCAUCUCAACGGGCCACUGCAGUGGCUAGACCGCGUCCUAACGCAGAUGGGCUCUCCGCCGCUGCCCUGCUCCUCCAUGUCCUGAGCGCUCGCACCACCGCACCACCACCACCGCCGCCGGGUGAGCGACCCUUCAGUCAAAAUAAUCAAAUAAGCACACAAAACUGUAAGAAAAAAAAAGUAGAUUUCGUAAGCGUAGCUCAACAAAUUAAAUACCUCGAGUCUUAGACCUUUUGAUAAAAAAUUGUAUAACUUGAUUUUUCACUCGACGACCUUAUUUGUAUAGCGCUAAAGCGUAUUUUUCAUUGACUAAUUUUUUAAAGCUUUGCAAUAAUAUGUUACGCAAUAGUUGUUUCGAAUUGCAUGUUAUACAUAAGUUUCUAUGUACAGACGCUCACAGAUAAAACAAUUGAUCAUAUUAUAUUUGUAUGUUUCUAUACAUCUUUCGUCAAUAUGAAAAGACCCGUUUGGGAUUUAUUUUUGACUACGGAACUCUAAAAUAUGUUGAAUAAUAUAAUAUGAUAAUGGGUACUUGAAAAGUGCGAUAAGAAUUUAUAAAAAAAGAAAAAAAAAACAUCUACAAGAUGUUUAAAAAUGGCGAAAGAUGACAAAGACACUACAUAUAUAAAAUAAGCUAGUCACGUCAUUAUAUUUUUAAACGAGUUAUACUUUAAAAGUAUCGUGCGCAUAAAUAUAAAUAUAUUUUGGAUAUACAUAAUAUAAAAAAAUUAUAUAUAUACUGUUUCAAUGAUAACAUGUAAACAAAUCAACAAAACAUAAUUACCUUUAUUAUAUAUACUGACGGUAGAGCUUUGUGCAAGCUCGUCUGAGCAGGUACCACCCACUCAUCAGAUAUUCUACCGCAAAACAGCAGUACUUGGUAUUGUUGUGUUCCGGUUUGAAGGAUGAGUGAGCCAGUGUAAUUACAGGCACAAGGGACAUAACAUCUUAGUUCCCAAGGCCGCCACCAGCCGCCCAUUGGUGAUGUAAGCGAUGGUUAACAUUUAUUUAUAUAUAUAUAUAUAUUUUAAUUUUGCAAUUCUUGUUAGUCAUAAUACAUGAUAUUGUUGAUGACGUCAUAUACUCCUCUAAUUUGUUUAUCAAAAUCGUCGUUAAAAUUUUCAAUAGUGUCGUAAAUUAAAUAAAAUAUUUUUAUUUAACUGGUAGCCAUCUUGUUUUGUCUUUACAUGAAUAUAUAUUAUCACAUCAAGGCUACUCAGCUUUUGAAUGAAAUGUGUAUUAAACCCAGCUGUGCGAUGUUUUCAAGUGGUUACUUGUACUUAUAUUUGAUGAUAUUUAUUUAUAUGGUAUUUAUGGUUUUAGUUGCAAGCACAAGGGAGAUUAUAUCUCGGAUCCCGUGUUUGCCAGCGCACUGACAAUGGCAGUAAUGGUUAAUUGCAAUGCCAAUGCCUAAGGACGGUGGUGACCACUUACCGUGCAUAUUUGUUAGUCUCAUAAAUUUGAUAUCUUGUUAUUUAUAAAUAAUGUCCUAGAUUUUUUCUAAUUUUUCAAAAGUUAUUGAGGCAGAAAGCAAUUCUGUUAAGUCAGUAUUGAGUUGCAGGCGCUUUAAUUAUUUUUAUAAAAUAGCUUUAAAAUUUUUGAUUGUUUUUUUUUGUUUACAUGCAACGUUAAUGUAACGUUUCUGACUAAACUUCUAACGUUUCUGUGAUGUCAAAAAUCAGUCUCGUUGGUCUAGUGGCUACAUGUAAGGCGGAAGACACGGAGCCCUGGGUAGGCCAAUAAAAACUUAAUGAGAUUUUCAGUCGAAAAUUCUCAGUAGCAGCCCGGAGUCUGGGAGAUGGUAGUGUGUACACUUCCGUGCCUCGGAAAGCAGGUAAAGCCGUUGGUCCUGCGCCUGAACUCUUUCCGGUCGUGUCGGAUUGCCGUCCCAUCGGAUUAUGAGAGUUAGGGAAUAGAGUGCACCUGUGUUUGCGCACACACUAGUGCACUAUAAUAUGUGCUGCCCAGUUGGUUAAUCUGUAUUGAGAUUGGUCUGGAGGACAAUAUUUAUUAUUGUACAGGAUUAUUUAUAUUUUGUUCGAUUUGUUUACAUUUCGGAUACAUGAAUUUGAAACGAGAUUUUUGUGAACGCCUGUACAUUUCAUAUAAUCUAUUUUUCAGAAAAGAAAUUUAUCAAUGUUUUUUCUUUUAUUAUAUUUGAUUCAAUAAUUUGUUGUUAGUAAAAUGUUUGAAUAAUUUUGCCAUUCAGAUGCAUUUAAUGUUAAUGAAAUUAUAAUCAUUUUAAACUUAGUGUUUUUAUGCCCUUUAUAUGUACAGUUAAUUUUUUUAGAAGUAUAAUUUUAAGCAAUU